UUAAAUCAGUUUCAUAUGUCGCCAAUCUCUAAGCAUCGGUCAAUCGAGUUCCUUCUUUAACCUUCGUUCGCAUCUUCUUUUCCUCCUCCUCUCGCUGUCUGAUUGGGUAGAUGGUCAUGGUUGCUUCUUUGUAUGAACCGCCCAUUUUUUAAACCCUUAAAUGAUCUUCUUCUUCUCUCUCCCGGUCUCCACGCAGCAACUGGUUGAAAACCAGCAACUUCUCAUCUUCUCAACGAUAUAAAAAUAGAAAAAUUCAUUCAGACCCCCUCUCUUUCUUUUCUAUCUUUUCUUCCGUGAGUCUCAAGGGACAACUUUGAUCUCAUAAUUGUUGCUUGGAGAGAGAGAGAGAGAGAGAGAGAGAGAUGGAGAAUUCAAUGGGAGUGGGGCUGUUGGCGGUCUGUGCAGUCUCAGGAAGCGUAGCCCUCAUUGCCCUUCAAGUCCAGAAGCGCUUGCUCUCUGAUUUCAUGAAGAAGAUCGAGUCUGAACUUCAGGGAUUGGGAACAUCACAGAAGUACAAGACCAAAAAGAAGGUCCAGUUCGCGGAGGACGUGAUUGAGCCAUCGUCGAACAACAGAGAGUACAGGCGAUCGAAAUGCCAAGCCAAGACUGAUCAGGGUUUCGACAUGCCGGCGAACAGGCAGGUUCUGUAUAAAGGGCUCGUCCAACAUAGGAUGCACAGAGGCUGCAGUGCGUUGUGACAUUCCUAGCUGUUCCUCUGAUGUAGUUUUGAGGAUUUGGUGUCUUGUUCUUUUUCUUUUUUUUUCUGGCGUAUCAACUGUAAAUGGAAUUUUCUGGUUUUCUGUUUGGCCUGAAGCACAAAAAAAAAAAAAAAAAAAAUUUGUAGAUGUCUGUAGUUUCUUGGUGAUGGGUUUCAGGCGUUGACUUGUCAUGUCAAGAAUGUGUUGCGCCUGAUGUACAUGGAAAUGACGGCAAUUGGAAAA